AAGUAUAAAAAGCCUGGACAAAUCUCGCAUCCUUCCCUCUCUCUGCGCCACUCCUACUCCUCACUUCUAAACAACUCAUAUGGCGUUGCCGAAUCAGCAGACCGUGGAGUACCCGAGCUUCAAGCUCGUAAUCGUUGGUGAUGGUGGAACAGGGAAGACAACCUUUGUGAAGAGGCAUCUUACUGGUGAAUUUGAGAAGAAAUAUGAACCUACUAUUGGUGUUGAGGUCCAUCCAUUGGACUUUUUCACUAACUGUGGAAAAAUUCGCUUCUACUGCUGGGAUACUGCCGGGCAAGAGAAGUUUGGUGGUCUUAGAGAUGGAUACUAUAUCCAUGGCCAAUGUGCAAUUAUCAUGUUCGAUGUUACUGCCCGAUUAACUUACAAGAAUGUUCCAACAUGGCACAGGGAUCUUUGCAGGGUCUGUGAAAACAUACCAAUUGUGCUUUGUGGAAACAAAGUUGAUGUGAAGAACAGGCAGGUCAAGGCCAAGCAGGUCACUUUUCACAGGAAGAAGAAUCUGCAGUACUAUGAAAUUUCAGCAAAGAGUAAUUAUAACUUUGAGAAGCCUUUUCUGUACCUUGCCAGGAAGCUUGCUGGGGAUCCUAAUCUGCAUUUUGUUGAAUCCCCCGCCCUGGCUCCUCCAGAAGUUCACAUCGAUCUGGCUGCACAGCAGCAGCACGAGGCUGAGCUUGCCCAAGCUGCUAGUCAGCCCCUUCCCGAUGACGACGAUGAAGCAUUUGAGUCUGUCCAUUUUAUACGCUAUUACGAAGAGCAGGAAAAGAUAGUGAAAAUUGACAUCAGGGCUCUUCCGAAUCAGCAGACUGUGGAUUACCCUAGCUUCAAGCUCGUCAUCGUCGGCGACGGCGGAAACCCUAACAUUGAGAGUUUUGAUUGUAGCGCAGGGAAGACUACUUUUGUGAAGCGACAUAUCACUGGAGAGUUCGAGAAGAAAUACGAACCGACGAUCGGUGUCGAAGUUCAUCCCUUGGAUUUCCACACCAACUUUGGGAAGAUCAGAUUCUACUGCUGGGACACGGCUGGUCAGGAGAAGUUUGGUGGGCUCAGAGAUGGAUACUAUUUAGUAGAUUCAGUGAUAUUGCAAUGUGGAACUAUGAUUUUGUUCAUGCAACUCAUCUCUUUGACAACCGAAAACAGAACAAAUCCUUACCAUUUUGAUGUGAUUGACGAUUUGGUUAGGAUCAUUUUGCAUUUAGGAGGGUUUUAUAGUAAGAUUCUUUAUUGGGUAUGUGAGAACAUCCCAAUUGUUCUGUGCGGAAACAAGGUGGAUGUAAAGAAUAGGCAGGUGAAAGCAAAGCAGGUCACCUUUCACAGGAAGAAAAAUCUCCAGUACUAUGAGAUUUCUGCUAAGAGCAAUUACAACUUUGAGAAACCUUUCUUGUACCUUGCCAGAAAGCUUGCAGGAAAUAUGGAGCUGAUCUUCGUUGAAUCACCUGCUCUUGCUCCUCCUGAGGUUCACAUUGACGUGGCUGAACAGACAAAGAUCGAUGAGGAUUUGGAGAGGGUUAAACACCAACCACUUCCUGAUGAUGAUGAUGAUCUGUUUGAAUAGCUGUGCUUGAUGCUGGGGCUUCUACUGUGGAAAAUAUUUUAUGUCCUGAUUACUCUUCUCCAAGAAUAGGGUUUUCGGUAGUUCUUAGAAAGCAAAUUCCUAUGUAAUGAUCUCGUUGCAAAUAGCCAAUAUACCUCAGGCGUUCAUAAUUCUAUGUGUAGUAGUACUUGUGGAAUUGUGGCUCCAAAAGGUGUUCUAGUAGUUCUCUCGUGUU